UAUCUCAUAAUGACAUCACAAACAUAAUAUAUCCCAUUAUGACAUCACAAACACGCAGCGUAAAUAAUAAAGUCGCGGAAAUGAGAUUGUUUUUUAAUAAUCGCUAUUGUAACGUUUGAAACUUUAGAGCUAAGCGGUUUCUACAAAGUGACGUCACGAUGCGAUGACGUCACUUUAUUCAUUAUAUUCCUGAAUUUUAUAAUAAUGGUUAUUGUUAUGCAUCUGGUAAUUAACAAACAUUCAAUUUUAACAAUCCUGAGUUUCUCCGACACCUGCGCGACCAACGCGACGAUCCGCCUGUUUCAUUACUACGUCAUAAUCAAUAUUAUUAAAUCAAAACAUGCAACAAACAGGAUUGUCGAGUAAUAAUAGCAAUUGUGGGAACAAUCGGGGUUUGUUACGUCACAAUGGGAGAAUGUUGACAAUGCAAAUACUGUUACGUCAAAAUGCAAAUACAUUUUGCCAAUUAUACCGCGUUUGAUGUGACGUCACACUUGAUUGUGACGUCAUUAUGAAAUUGUUCCCACGAUUCGAACAUUGUAGCUUUUCGAAAAAGAGCUUCGAAUAUCGCGUUUAUUACGUCAUAAUCGAACUGCAAUCCGAGAAAAUUUGUCUCUAUGACGUCACGAUGUCAAUUGUUCGGGUAAAUCAAAGACGGCGACGUUCGACAACUUUCAACUUGUUAUCAUGACGUAACAGACGCUAUUGUUCCAAUCAGAAUCAACUAAUUAUCUUUUAUCAGAACUUGAGCGUUACAAUAAUAUUUUAGAAUCUUAUCUUUAUGACGUCACAGCACGCCCAACGCGAUCUGGAACGCGGAGAAGAAGGCUGUCGCUAUUUAAGCGUCGACCGCGGUCAUCCAAACCAUUAUUCCACAACCACGUGAUGAUUUCAGUCGAGAAUCGCGAGUUGCAUCGAAGGCUCUUUAUGACGUCAUCAAUAGAAAGCAGGUCAGAUGAAAGUGACGUCACGACAGAUUCGUUUACUUCACAAUCUCCGUCAUUGUCAGGAGUUCGAGAACUAUCAUGGUCGUCUACGUCAUCGUGUGGUGACGUCAUUAAACCGGAAAUGACGCGCAGUAAGAAACGAAAGUUGUUUACGAUAGAUUCGAUUCUCGCAGAAGAUACAGAGAGACCAGCUAAAGUUCGACGAUCUACGUCACCGUAUACGUCAGCACAGGAUGUUGGGAUCUACUACUCCAUGUUCCACCCCAUGCGCCAUCUUCCUUUUAUACAAUCUUGUAUCGGGUCACCGUUUCAACCCCCACCAGGGGGUUUCCCUACCCCACCAAUCACCCCGAACCCACAUUGGGGUCACAGGGGUCAUUUUACGUCAUCACCCCUAGCAACCAAUGACGUCACUGCAAGAGGAAAUGACGUCACACACACGUCACCCCCCCUAGUGGACAAGAAGAGGAUGCGAACCAUCUUUACUUCGGACCAACUUGAAAAGUUGGAAGAUGAAUUCACUCGGCAACAUUACAUGGUUGGAAGUGAAAGAUAUUUCCUCGCCAAGCGACUUAAUCUCUCCGAAACACAGGUGAAAGUUUGGUUUCAAAAUCGUCGAAUUAAGUGGAGGAAACGUCGCCACCAAGUGACCGACCAAUCCAACUUCAAUGUACUUAAACUAGCAGGAAGUUUAGAUAAUAGAUGAUUAUGAUGUCAUAAGAGAUGGUUAUGAUGUCAUCACUUCCUUCUCAGUUCCAAGGAAAGUUCAACGAGGGGUCAAAUAUAUUAUUUCUAUUCAAGUUGU